CCCAUGAAAAACUCAUGCUUUACGGAACAAGGAAGUGCACCUGUUAUUCUGCUUCUCUUCACCUGCUUUCCAGUCAUCUGUACUCCGGUCGGCGCCUGUCACUAUGAUGAUGGACACCGAGGAGGAGGCAACAGCGAGGACUGAGGUCGCACAGGAGGUCGCACAGGAGGUCGCACAGGAGGUCGCACAGGAGGUCGCACAGGAGGUCGCAGAGGAGGCUGAGGAUGUGCGCGCCACAGAGGAGACCAAGCAGCGGCCCGAGGAGAGCAAAGCGCCCCGAACCGCUGCAAUCUACCUGCCGGAUGGAGAGACAACUCUGCCUCUGUUCAAGAUGAAGAGGUUUCUAGUGCUAAGGCCCGGCACUCUGAACCAGGCCAUCGCAGACAUCACUCAGCUGGUGGACAAGCAGACGGACGGCAGCGUCAUCGGAGUGUGGCUUAUGGCAGAAGUGGACCACUGGAACAAUGAGAAGGAGCGUCUUGUGAUAGUGGCGGAGCACUCUCUGCUGGUCUUCAAAUACGACUUCCUCAUGUUCAACUGUGAGCAGCUGCAGAGAAUUCCCUUGCACUUUGUGGACCGCAUCACCCACGGCAACUUCAGCUUCCCCAAAUACUCUUUGCUCAAGCGGGAGGGGGAGGGCGUGCGAGUACACUGGGACAGACAGAGGGAGCCCUCGUUCACCUCCAGGUGGAACCCCUUCGCCACAGACAUGCCCUUCAUCACCUUCACCCUGCACCCAGUCCAGACCCUGUGCCCCACCUACACCUCCCUCUGCGAUAUCAUGGCAUUUCGGAAUACAAUCCAAGAUGCUGCGCAGAAGGAAAACAUCGCCAAGCCUGUCCUGGGACGAGCCAACGGGGUGCUGCUCCUGAAUCAGCCGGUGCACAUUGAUGCUUUUGUGGGCGCCAUGUCUAAUCUUGGGAAUGGGAACAAGCUGGGCUACUCCAUGGCCCGCGGGAACCUGGGCUUCUGAACUCUGAAAGCACGUGGUUCCCUCUGCGUCUCCUGUUUACUAUUGUACAUUUAUGUUUUUCUUAAAGACUCGUUUAAAUGUUUAUCAUGAUUUUAAAUUGACAAUACUAUACAUUUAUAUAUAUAUAUGUGAAGGGAAUUGUUGUGGUACAAAAUUACUCUGUGUGCAUAUGCGACUGCAAA